GUCGGCUUCGGGCUGCGUGAAGAGACGGCAUGAACCAUGCAAGAUUUGCCCACCUCGCUGACCUCCUCCAUUGCUGCAUCGCCAACCGGUCCCACCUCCACGGCAGAGCCGCCCACGCCCGCAUCCUCUCCGCCGGCCUCUCCGCCGACACCUUCCUCUCCAACCGCCUCAUCGAGCUCUACGCACGGUGCCAUAGCAUUGGCUACGCCGUCAACGUCUUCCGCUCCAUCCCUUGCCCGAAUGUCUUUUCCUGGAAUGCUAUUGUGUCCGCUUGCUCCAAGUCCGGGGAUUUGGAGUUAGCCCAUCAGCUGUUUGUGCAAAUGCCUGACAAGAACGUCGUGUCCUGGAACACCAUGAUUGGCGCCUUGGCGCGCGGUGGGUCCGAGGAGGCAGCGUUGGACUUGUACUCUGUGAUGACUAGGGAAGGAUUCAUCCCGACCAAUUUCACCUUCGCCAGCGUCUUGAGCGCGUGUGGCAGCCUCAUGGCCCUGCAGGAUGGCCGCAGGUGCCACGGGAUUGCUGUGAAAAUUGGCCUCGAUGGGAAUCUAUUCGUGGAGAAUGCUUUGCUCGGGAUGUACGCAAAAUGUGGGAGCUCUGGUGAUGCAGUCAAAGUGUUCGACAGGAUAUCACAUCCAAAUGAGGUCUCGAUCACUGCGAUGAUGGGCUGUAUGAUGCAGAGUGGUUCCAUCGAGGAAGCCGUAAGAUUGUUUGAGAGGAUGCAUAGGAGCGGAAUUCUCAUCGAUCCAGUUGCUGUUUCCAGCGUGUUGUGUGCUUGUGCCAGAGCUGAAGGAGAUGAGCUUGGCAUUCCUCGACAUCAUGGGUUAGUGCUUGGCCAGUUGAUACAAGCUCUUGCAGUUAAGUACGGCUUUGAAUCUGAUCUUCAUGUGGGCAAUUCUCUGAUUGAUAUGUACGCCAAGUGUGGGAACACGGAUGAAGCUGAAUUGCUUUUCAAUACAUUGCCAAAUAUCAAUGUUGUUUCUUGGAAUGUUUUGAUAGCUGGAUAUGGUCAUAAAGGUGACAGCAUAAAGGCUAUAGCCAUGUUGAAAUUGAUGCAGCAACAUGGUUUCGAACCGGAUGAAGUCACUUACAUCAGUUUGCUAGCUGCGUGUGUGAAGACAGGUGACAUUGCGGCAGCACAUGAGAUGUUUGACAAGAUAGUGGAACCUAAUGUUAGGUCGUGGAAUGCUAUACUCUCUGGCUACUGCCAAGAGGAAAGCCAUGACAGAGCAGUCGAACUAUUUAGGAAGAUGCAGUUUCAGAAUGUGCUGCCCGAUCAAACUACUUUGGCCAUUAUUCUAAGUUCUUGUUCGGCUUUGGGUCUUCUGGACUUUGGGAAGCAAGCGCAUUCUGCCUCAAUAAGAGCCAUGCUUCAUGUUGAUGUGUUUGUUGCCAGUGGACUGGUGGAUAUGUACUCAAAAUGUGGGCAUAUCAAGGUGGCAAGGCUGGUCUUCGAUAGGAUGACAGAGAGGGAUGUUGUCAGUUGGAAUGCAAUGAUAACUGGCUUUGCACAUCAUUCUCAAAACAGAGAAGCUUUUGCUGUAUUCAAGCAGAUGCGUCAAGAUGGCAUGUUCCCCACCGAAUCCUCCUAUGCAAGCGUGAUAUGCUCAUGCGCUAGACUGUCGUCAUUGCCUCAGGGAAGACAGAUACAUGCCCAAACUGCUAAAGAUGGUUAUGAGUUCCGUGUUUAUGUCGGGAGUGCUUUGAUUGAUAUGUAUGCUAAAUGUGGUAAUGUAGAUGAAGCACGCAGGUUUUUCGAUACCAUGCCAACCAAGAAUGUUGUUUCAUGGAAUGAGAUGAUACAUGGAUAUGCCCAAAAUGGCUAUGGCAAGAGAGCUGUGGAACUCUUUGAACACAUGCUGAGAACAGAUGAGAAACCAAAUAGUGUGACCUUCAUAGCUGUUCUUGCUGCAUGUAGUCAUGCUGGGAUGGUUGACAAGGGAAUUAAAAUCCUCGAUACAAUGGAAAAGGACCAUGGAAUCCAGCCACUUGCUGUUCAUUACACUUGUGUGAUUGAUUCUCUUGGUCGUGCUGGUCGCCUUGUGGAAGCUGAAGCCUUAGUAGACAAGAUGCCAUGCGUAGAUGAUCCUGUCCUGUGGGAGGUAUUGCUUAGCGCAUGUGCUGUUCAUGGAAAUGCUACACUUGCGAAACGUGCCGCAGAGAAGCUUUUCCUGCUUGACCCCCUAAGCUCGGCUCCAUACGUUCUUCUGUCCAAUAUAUAUGCUUCCCUAGGUAGAUGGGAUGAUGCAUCUGCUGUUAGGGCAUUGAUGAAUGGUCGAGGGGUGGCGAAGGAUCGUGGUUACAGCUGGAUAGACAAUAAGAAUGGUGUUCGUGCAUUCAUGGUAGACGAUGAUCUAUGGAUGGUCAAUGCUGAGAAACAAGCAUCAGUUCAUGGUGCAAAUUGAUGUGAAACUGAAGUUUCUUACUGUGACUUCAGCAUUUAAACUGAAGUUGUAGUCUGCA